AGCAGGCCAGAGAUUCUAGUUUGUGACGGAGCAAGGAAGCGGGAAGGUUCAUUGUGUGUCUCUAACCGCUGACAGGACAGUUGCAGCCAGCUGUUAUUAUUUUAUGGAGGGAGCAACAUUGUAUGCAGAUCGUCGUCGUGUCUUCGUCGUCUAAUCUAACAACGUGCGUGACAAAUUUUGUGAAAAAGGAAAGACUUUAUUUCGCUUUAAGCGGCAAUUUAUAUUUUAUGCACGUGUUGUGUUCGUCGGAUGUUUCUUGCCUUUCGUAUUGAACACUUGUUUCUUUUCAGCAACCUCGGUGUUUAAGUCUUAGUGUAUGAGCAAUAGAAGCCAAUUGCUACGAUAUUCUUAAUUUCUUAAAAGAAAAAUGAAGGGUGUACUGAACGUUGUUCUGUUAUGAAGGCGGUUUUGUGAUUGCCACGUGGGAGUUGAUGUCAGUAGUUAACACAAAUAAAUGUUCCUUGUCAUCAGCCGCAUGUUCUUGGUCGGAUCAAAUUAAGUUUUGAACUUUAUCACGAGUGCAACGUAUUCAAAUGAAACAAUAACACAUCACAGCAAGAUUUAAAUUCCGGGCAGUGAUUGUUUAGUAACGGGCAGAAACACUGAAGAGCGUGUGUCGGAAGAUGUCUUAGAUAUCGCGAAGUGGCUGAAGUUAGAUUCAUGAAGUGCUGAGUGCUUAGUCUGAAGAUGAAGGAAGCUACCACGUGCGACAAGGGCGGGUCAGCCUCCUGGCAGCGAAGUGUCGGCAAGGCGUGAGCGAGCAAGGUGACACGCCACUGGAACCAACUGAUGUCGUUAAAUGACAGUCCUGAAACCCCAGGAAGAAAGCGCCGCGCGGUGAUGCUUCAAGUGCUCGGAAUGCGCCUUCUAACGCGGUUGCUGCUGCUCGUCUGUUCGCUCAGCCUGGUGUCUCUCCUGUUCCUCAGCCGCUGCGGUCUGAACGUCGAGACGGAGACCCAGAUCGACCCCGGCAUCGGCUCCUCGGUGGGACAGUUCCAGUCUCAGCUGCAACAGUUAUCUCAACAGCAGCAGUCGCAAUCUGUCAACUCGUACAUCCAGCUGUUGCAGCAGAGGGAAGAUGAGAAUAAGGCUGAAGUUGAGAGGCUGACGGCCGAGAUACGAUCUCUGAAGCUGCAGCUCCUGCAGGUAGCAGGAAACGGCAUUGGUUCUUCCGCCCUGGGUUCCCAGCAGCUGCAAGAUCCUCCGAGCCUUAACUUCAACCUGACUUCGUCAUCGUCAUCCUCGUCCUCCUCCACAAUGCAGGGUGUUUCCGGGGACUGUGGCUCCUACAUAAGAAGACAGCUGAGUCUGGCCGAGAUCACCAGAGGCCUGCCUUUCAACAACGAGUACGAGCUGAUUGCCUUCAGUCACUUUACCUUCAGCCGGGUGUAUCCUGUCGAUCUGGGACUCGGAAAGCGUGUGGUCGAAAAGCCAAUCGGAUUCAAACGCAAAGACCUGCUGGAAGUAUUAGUGAAAGCACUCGAGUCCUUAAACAAGAACGUAACGACUCCUUCAACGGUUACUAAUAACAAUAAUCACCAAAAUCAAAACUCAAGAAAUUCACCGAAUCGUUAUACAUUAGAUGAUUUUUUGGAAGGACUUUACAGAAACGAGCCCACAACCGGGACUCAAUAUGAAAUGUAUUUCAGGACUAAAAAUACGAAUAAUAGAAGUCAUAUGGACCAAGUGGCGCCCGUUACCGGUGUCACCAAAGUUAUCCUAAUGAGGCCGUUUGCACCCCUACAGACUGUUUCUUCAGAGACGCUUCCAGUUGCGAAAGACAAAGAGUUGAUUCACAUUAUACUCCCGUUGUCAGGACGGACAGCGACUUUUCAGAGUUUCAUGGACAAAUUCGUGAAGAUUGCUUUGAAGAACGAUAGACGAGUUCACCUAACUGUUGUGUACUUCGGCGAAGAAGGCUUGGCGGAAGCUCGUGGAAUAAUGGCAAGAGUCUUGAUGACCAAAAACAGUGGUGGUAACAGUAACAAUUUAAGGUUAUUGGCUUUGAAUGAGACCUUUUCUCGUGGUAAGGGGUUGAGGGUUGGUGCUGAACGUGCGUGGGAUCAGCAGGGGUUGUCAAACAGCCCUCUUAGCAGCCGUCAUAACGGGGAUGUCCUACUUUUCAUGUGUGACGUGGAUGUCGUGUUCAGUGCGCGGUUUCUGGACAGAUGUCGUUGGAACACUGAGCCUGGCCGCAAAGUGUAUUAUCCGGUGGUGUUCAGCCUGUACAACCCCCACGUCGUGUACACCCUCCAGGGCAAAGAGGUGCCAGCCGAGACGGAUCAACUCGUCAUAUCACGUGACACCGGCUUCUGGAGGGACUUUGGAUACGGCAUGACGUGCCAGUACAGGUCUGACUUCCUAAAGGUGCGUGGUUUCGACGAAGAAAUCGUUGGGUGGGGUGGAGAAGACGUCAUGCUGUACCGGAAGUACGUCAGGAGUCACGUUAAAGUAGUGAGAGCAACUGACCCCGGCAUCUUCCACAUCUGGCAUCCGAAGGUAUGCUCAGGUGGUCCGGGCCAUCAGAAACUAUCAGCUGAUCAGUACCGAGCCUGUAUUCGAUCUCGGGCCCUUAACGAAGCAUCCCACGCCCAGCUAGGAUUCCUUGCCUUCCGAGAUGAAAUAGCCAAUCAGAAUAAUGUCAAAGGAUCAUUAUAUCCUUCAGUACAUAAAGAAGAAACCUGAUCACAAUCCAAGAAGCACGGUCAAAGAAAUGAAUUUUAAUUUUACCCCAUCUGUUAAAAUAAUUGACAUGGGAUUUUGCCGUCUAGAGACUUAGGAAUGAACCUUCAUUGACUCCAUAAUGAAAAGUUAAUCUUUCAUGUGGCAUAUUUCAUAAACCAAAUGCUUAUAAUGAACAUUAAUGUGAAAAUAAUGUUUACUUUUGCAUUAUAAAGAGUCACUGCCUAUCCAGAUAAAAAUAAAUGUUUCAAGACAUUCAUCGCACCAACAAGGUCUUAUGUUGGAAAUAUAAUUUCUGUUUUUUUUAAUCAGUACUUAAAAUAAAUCUUCAAAUACGUGAUGUGAACUUCUGGUUACGGAAUUUUUGAAUUAGAUUGUCAUAUAAAAUAUGAAAGUAUUGGACAGUACAAAAUAGUGAAUGGUGUUACUGGUAACAUUUUGUACUGGCUGCUGCUUGUUAAUGUAGCAACAGUGAGUAUUAUACCAUAGCAAAUUAAUAAUUAAUGCAGUAUUUGCUUGUAAAAGAUUGAAAGGAUUUUAAUAUGGAUCUGAACUAAGGUAUUUUCUUAGACAGUUAGUAAUAUGUAUAUCCAAUAUUAACUAUGAAAAUAAGACCAAUAACAGUUUCAUAUCUGAGGUAACCAAACUUGUUCAGUAAUUAAUUCUCAUAAAUUACAUAUCCCUAAAAUGCAAGAUCAACGCAUUAUUCCUGUUAAAGGCAAAAAAUAAUUGAUAAGCAACAUAUUCUCAUUAUCAUUAUAGUUUGAAGGACCGUGAUUAUGUCAAUAAAAUCAAAAUUAACAGAUUUUUUGCAGAGAAUUUCUUACAGUCUUCAAAUAUUAACAAUUUUUCAAAAUCUAAUUUCUUCUAUUGUAAAUAUUUUAAGUUUUAUUAUUAUGUACUACAUUUCAUAGUCUUAAUAAUGUGAAGCUGUAAAACCAAUAAAAUAUUUUAUGAAGAAAACAUUAGAAAAAAAAUGAGAAGUCAGUUAUUUAAAAAUUACACCAAAUAACUCUUAUAACCGUUUUAAUCGAAAAGAGUUUUAUGACGAUAUGUCCAUAGAUAUUAGAAACUAUCUUUCUGAAAUAUGGGAGUAGGGUGAGUAAAUGUAGGUAAACCCAACAUUUUCUAUAAAGAUGUGGGUGUAUGCUUAUAAGAACCUAAGGGUACAGUUUUCAUCACAUUUCAUGGUGCAGGUAUUUUAGAUAAUCCAGUCCUUCUUCUGUAAAGUACAUUUUUGCAAGAGGAGCGAAGCUGUAAAGAAACUUACAAACCUCCACUUGUUAAUAUUAAUAAUGUGACUUGAGAUAAAUCACAAAUAUUAGUUGUUUUGUGAAUUAAAUAUAAUGUAUGUGUUAAUUGUUAAUUU